UGUCCUGGGUGUGUGCACCACUGAGGGAUAACGAGCCAUAUUAAUUCAAGGGCCUCUCUGAUGAAGGGUCUAGGCCCGAAACGUCAGCUUUUGUGCUCCUGAGAUGCUGCUUGGCCUGCUGUGUUCAUCCAGCCUCACAUUUUAUUAUCUUGGAAUUCUCCAGCAUCUGCAGUUCCCAUUAUCACAGGCUAUGAUGGAGCUGCAUAUCCACAGUGGGUGUAUUGUGUUAAUUACUGGGAUACAUGAGCGUACUUUCAUCGCUAUCAAACCAGAUGGAGUUCAGCGUCGUCUGGUUGGAGAAAUCAUACGAAGGUUUGAGCAGAAGGGAUUUAAACUGAUUGGAAUGAAAAUAUUGCAGGCUUCAGAAAACCUGCUAAAAGAUCACUACAUUGACCUCAGAGAUCGGCCUUUCUAUAAUGGAUUGGUGAAAUACAUGAGCUCUGGCCCUUUGGUCGCUAUGGUAUGGCAAGGACUGGAUGUUGUCAAAAUCACUCGGGCCAUGAUGGGAGAGACCAACCCUGCUGAUUCUGCACCAGGCACUAUCAGAGGAGACUUCUGUGUUGAAGUGGGCAGGAGCAGAGGCACCUGGGUGUAAGCACACAUCACCGAGGCUCACAAGUAGAGAGCAGCAAAUAAAGCAUACAGUGACCUAGGCUUUAUUAAUCGGGUCAUGGAGUACAAGAACAAGAUCUCACGUGGAAUAUUUGUAUACCAUAUGUACUCAUGUAAAAGUUGAAUUUUUCUUAGACUUUUUUAAGGUUAAACUUAUGGGGUCAGCUGUUACAUGGGUACUACUUUAGAUGGGCUGAAAUUCAUGCUACAGUCCAAAAUACUGUAUCAUUAGCAGCAACCCAAUUGAUCUCUAAACAAAUAAAGAAAGAAAAACACAAUGAAUUACAGUAGUUUCUGUAAUGGCUUCUUGUUCAGCAGGCAACUUUUGUGUACUCUUAGUUCCCUGUCAGAUUACUAAGUCAUGCCUUCUUAUGAACCUUGUGCACCAUCCCGCACUAGCCUUAAAAUCCAAAAUUCCGUCUUUCUUUGAUUCGUUUCUUGCAUGUAUUCGGAUGGCUUCACAACUAACACAUUUUCCGUUUUGACGAUUUUCAGGUACUCAGCAACAUUUUUCUCCAGUUGUGGUCAUUUGCUAGGUUUACCUCUGUUGGCACACUUUUGUUUUGACAUUGUCUGUGAAGUUGGUUUGAUACCUUUCUCCAGUCUCUCUCAAGUUUCUCUAAAACACAAAAUUCUCUUGCUGCUACACAGUUAUUUGCCUUCUCUGCAACUUCAGUAACUUUCAGUUUAAAUACUGCUGUAUAUUUUUGUUUUAUCUGGAGGGCAUUUUUACACAAUGAAGAAACUUCAAAACAAUAGCACAAAAAAAAUUCAUUUUCUCAUUGUAACAUUUAUGUAGAGUGUAAUACCUGAGCUCUAAGAUCUUGUUCUGUUAUCUGUGAAGAACAAGGGUCGGUUUUUACAUGAAAUAAGGAAAAUUCCAGAUCUUUUGGCAAAACAUAGGGAGUCAACUUUCACAUGAGACCAACUUUUACUUGCGCAUAUGUACCGUAGUUCAAGGCACCUCAGUUACGAGAAUUGAUUGGAGAGAAGAAGUCUAAAAGGAGUUCUGAUACAAGUUUUCAAACCAAUGAAGGGGCUGGAAAGAGUCAACCGGGAGAAACCGUUCCUUUUUUUAAAGGGUUGAAAAUAAGAAAACACAGAUUUAAAUCAAUUUGUAAACAUCACAAAUAUGAUUUGAGAAAAAUCUUUUUCAUAACAGUAGGUGGGAGGAUCCUGGAAUGCAUUUCCGGGAAAUGUAGUGGAGACAGGUUCAAUUGAGGCAAUCGACAGAUUAUUAAAUGAUUUUUAAAAAUUCUGUUGUGGGACCUGGGUGUCGCUGCCUGGGCCAGCAGUGGUAAGCCCAGCUGAGCAUCAGUGGUGGAGGGAGUGGAUGUUUGUGGAUUUGGUGCCAGUCAUGGAGACUGCUUGGUCCUGCAUGGUGUUGAACUUCUUCAGUGCAGUUAUCCAGGCAAUUGAUAAGUGGAAAUCCCAGGCUAGUGGGGGGAUUCAGUGAUGGCAAUGCCAUUGAUGUCAGGAGGUGAUGAUUAGAUAAUUUCUUGUUGGAGAUGGUCAUCAACUGGCAUUUUGUGGCACGAAUAUUACUUGCCACUUGUCAACCCAAGCCUCAGUAUUGCCCAAACCAUGCUGCAUUUGGACAUGGACUGCUUUAGUAUCUGACGAGUUGCAAAUGUGUUGAACAUUGUGCAAUCAUUGAACAUUUUCACAUCUGACCUUAUGAUGGAGGGAAGGUCAUUGAAGAAUAGCUGAAGAUUAUUUCUGUUCAAAUAAUUGUGUGCCUAACUAUGCGAGGUUACAUUGAAGAAAAGUGAAUGGCUCUAAUUAAUAAGGCUCACUGGAGAGCUAAUGCAGACUCGAUGGGCAGAAUGACCUCCUUCUGUAUUGUAACAGUUCUGGGAUGCAGUUUGAAUCU